AUGUUUGACGACAUAGACAUAAAUGAAAACGAAGCACCUAUACGGCGAUCUUCAGCACAAAUUCGACAGUUUAAUCCUGAGCCUCAUCUUGUUGUCAUUCACAAAAGUACAACUGGUAAGCUAACAUCUGAAAAGUUUAAAAAAUCGUUUUAUGACGAAAUCGAUACAACACGCUGUUAUUAAAAAAUUAAACUUACGUUGCCAAGUUCCGUCGAAAUAUGUAGAAUUUAUAGAGGAACAAAAAAUGGUUAUCUGUUUGAUUAUGGUGGUUCAAUGUGAUAAGAAGAACCACGUUACUAAAGCUUUUAAAAAUUUAAGGUUUUGGUUUCAAUGUAAAAGGCCAAGUAAGUGAAGGUGGGCAGCUUCGAAGCAUAAAUGGUGAAUUGUAUGCACCCCUACAACAUGUUUCGGCUGUUCUUGGAGCAGGAGCUGCUGAAAAAGCUGGACUUCUCCGAGGAGAUAGGAUUUUGGAAGUGUAAGUUUCUGUGUAUUUAUAUAAAAAAUGUUUUUCUCUUCCUAGACAACAAUGUCUGUCGUCAGACAACACACAAUGCAUUUUUACCGAGAUUAUGUGCUCGAGACUAAAAAGAUAUCCACUAACGGCGUAACUUAUAUGUAAAUUGUGAGGAAUUUUUUUGAGAAAGCUUUGAUGACGUUGUAGCAAAAUUCUAUAAGUGUGUUGUUUUCUAGUUUAAUUAUUGUUUUUAUCAGCGUGCUGUUCGGUUCGGGUCUUAUUUGUUACUAUGACAACUUUUUGAAAACAAUUUGCCGACUUUAUUCUAAUUCAAAACGAAUACGAAAAGUUGCGCGUGGUUGCUCAAGGGUGUUACUGUAUAUUUUUCCUUUAUUUUUAUUCUUACAAGGAAAGUUCCCGACCUGCCCCGCUCUGAUUGACUUGAAACUUUUUAAAUAGGAAAAUCAUGUAAAUAUAAGAUCUUCAGCAAAGUACUAAAUCGCGCUUUCCAGGAAAUCUCGAGAAAAUCGAGAUUAAAAAAUGACAUUUUGAAUUUCCCGCCAAAUUGGCAUUGUGUUUCAAGCUUGUAACUUUGUCAUUUUUUGACUUUUAAUUAUUUUUCUUUCAUAUACUAGUAGAAUACUUUUAAAUGAAACAACAUUUUUAAAUUUGUAAGCGCAUCUUGCCUGGAAAACCGAAAAAAUUGCUUGAAACACAAUGCCAAAUUUGCCAAAUUGGCGGGGAACCCAAAUAAUUUAAAUUUAAAACUAAAACCGCAAACUAAAAUUUUUUAUGGGUACUAUUGGUGGUACAAAGAAUUCAUAUAAAAAUUCUGAGCUGAUUCUGAGCGGGGCAGGUAGGGCACUUUCCUUGUUAAUGCAGGCGUUUUUGAGAAAUUAUCAUAACAAUGUUAUGCUUUAAUUUUUGAAAAGACUUUACUUUUAAAGCUUUUUAUUUGUUAACGUAUGUUGUAUUCACGUUACGCUAGAGGACCUGUCAGUUUUAUUCUUAAACUGUUAAAAAGUGUUUUGGAUUUUCUGGUUUUAGAAACGGCGUGAACGUUGAAGGUGCUACUCAUCGACAAGUGGUCGAACUGAUUCGACAAGGUGGUGACAAACUUCAAUUGGUAGUUAUUUCAGUAACUAGCGACAUGUUGGAAGAAGAGACUUAUGCAGAUGAGACGCAGCCUAGUCUAAAGUACGACUACACGGAGAAAAGAUCGCUGCCUAUCACUAUACCUACAUAUCAGAAAGUUCAAACGAUCGCUGAAACAUUUAUGGCUUUUAAUUUGCACAUGGCUGGACGACAUUUAGGCAGCAGGAGGUAAGCAGCCUGGUCUUAUGGUUUUGAGUUAAGCAUUUUGAUUUAAUAGCACUUUUUAGAUUUUCAUAUGUAUUUUUAGUAAGUUGAGCGAAAUAACCUGAAGCUUAUAGGUAUAGCGAGUUUGUAACAUUAGAUCGGCUACUUAAGGAAGAAUUUCCGGACUUUCAAUUUCCAAAACUUCCUUCAAAAUGGCCAUUUCAUAUGACCGAACAACGGCUAGAUGCCCGUCGUCGUGGACUUGAAAGUUAUUUAGAGAAAGUUUGCACAAUCAAAGUUAUUGCCGACUGUGAUAUUGUACAAGAAUUUUUGAUGGAAGAUUCUCCACCUGUUACGGCUAACCUUCACGUCGCGCUUCGAGUUCUUUUGCCUAACCAUCAUGCUGUCGUUUUAAGUUUGAACAGAAAUUCCGACACGACAACGGUUUUUGAUAUGGUCAUGGAGGAGCUUGGUUAGUUGAUUACCGUAUUUGAAAAAGUUACCAAAUAUAUUUAUAAGGAAAGUAUCUUACCUGUCCCGCUCAGAAUCAGCUCAAAAUUUUUAUAUUAUUUCCUUGUACCACCAGUAAUGCCUGUAAAAAAUUUUAGCUUGCGCUUUUGAGUUUUAAAUUUGUAUUUUGUUUUCCGGCCGAUUUGGCAUUGUGUUUCAAACACUUUUUUUGACUUUACAGCCACGCUACACUUAUAAAUUUAAAAUCGUAAGUUCAUUUAAAGGUAUUCUACAAGUAUAUAAACAAAUACUCCUAAAAGUCAAAAGAUGACAAAGUUAUAAGCUUGAAACACAAUGCCAACUUGGCGGAAAAUUCAAAACGUAAUUUUUUGAUCUCGAUUUUCUCGAGAUUGACUGGAAAGCGCGAUUUAGUACUUUGCCGAACAUCUUAGAUUUACGUGAUCUUUCUAUAUAAAACGUCAGUUGGGUACUUUCCAUGUUAAAUUUUAACUUUGGAAUAACUUUUAUAACUUAUAUCUUCUGAAUUUUGAACUUUCAUUUUAUGAUUUACCUUAUAAUUUGUUUAAUUAUAGGUUUCUCAUCUGAAGCCCGUCGCUACACCGCUUUGUUCGAGAUGAUUGACGCGACAUUCGAACGAAAAUUAAAGCCCCGUGAAUGCCCGCAUAAUAUUUACAUACAAAACUACUCAUCCGCCGCUUCAUCAUGCAUUGUUCUUAAAAAAUGGUGCUUCGAUGUGCGUAAGGAGCGUGAACUUUGUCUUAACGACGCAAAAUUCGCGCAGCUUUGCUUUUAUCAGGCCGUCAACGAUGUGAAUACGGCGAACAUUAAUGUUAAAAAAGACAAACUAUACCAGUUGAAAGCGCUACAGACUGAAGACAGCGGCUUUGAGUAUCUGGAGGCCUUAAGAAUGAUGUCUGGCUACGGGGAGGUGGCUUUUCCACCGUCUGAUUUUCAUGCAAACAACAGGGUAGGAAUUGUAUAUCUUGGCUUCGGGUUUGAUAAAAUACGAAUCUCGCUGAAGUUCGCGGAAAGCAAGAAGGUAAGUGGAACAUGACAAGGCUUUUUCUUUUUUUUCAACAUAAUUUCACAGGCUGUGACAAAAGUAUAAAUUAUAUCUUAAAAUAAUUUUUUUUUAGGAAAAAGAACCUUGAGCUGGAAUGGUCGUACCUUGAAGAUUAUCAACUGAGUAAUGACGCAACGUCGGUUUUGCUACGUAUAAAACGCGACAAUAUCGUGGAACCCCUAUUUAUUAACACAGAAUACGCUGAGUAUAUUUGUGACGUUAUUGAUCGUAUUAUGUUUGAGCGAGGAGCCAAGCUUCAUGUAUUGGACUCUAAUCUUGCUGGGUAAUCAUUUUGGUGACUAAUACAAAAUAACCUUUCAGAGCGAUGUUAGGGAAUUAAAUUUUAAGCAUAAUUAUUUUAAAUUUUCGUUUCAUUUUAGGCUUAACUUUUUGAGUCUUCUAAUAUAUUAAAUUGAUACAAAAGAACUGAUUUUUACUAUUAAUUAAUCUUUUGAUAUAAGGGACGAGCUAAAUACAUCGGAUGGAAAGUAUCAGACAAAAAAUGCGAUUUCUUGUCUGAUAUUUUCGUCUCUCAUUUUCACGCUAUCUUUUUUUUCCUCUCGUUGCCGACGGCAGUUAGAGAAAAAAAAAGAUCGUUGAAAAAAGUAUCAGACAAUUUCCGAAGUAUCAGACAAAAAAAGCAUUUUUUGUCUGAUACUUUCCAUCCGAUGUAUUUAGCUCGUCCCUUAUAUAUAUAUGGAUAUUUUCUCGCAAGACACGGUAA